AUGGCACCAAAGAAGGUUAUGAAGGUGAAGAAGCUGGGCUUGGAAAAGCUCAGGAAAGUGAUGAAGGCAGGCAAGGCCAAGGCCAAGGCCAGCUCUUCCAAAGGUGCCUUGGGAAAGGCUACCUCUUCCAAAGGUGCCUUGGAAAAGGCCAAGGGCAAGAAGCUCAACAAGUCCAACUUGGAAAAGUUUGGCCAAAUGAGCUUAAAGGAUAAGAUAGCUGCUGCCUGUGAAGAGGGUGAUGGCCUGGAGGCAGCAGCUGAAAUUCUCAAGGGCAGCCUCACUAAGGAUGAGCACAGCCAGGCUUCAGAGCUUUGGAAAAAGCAAGACAAGUGGAGCACAGAGAAAGAGAUGCUGGCCAAGUUCUCGGAAGAGGAACUGAGCAUGCACCUGAGGCAGGGCAAGGCAACUGCAUCUGGCCUGAACAUGGAGCUUGGAAAAGUUCUAAGCCAGCUGAAAGUGGUCUUGGCUGGCAAAGGGAAGGCAGCAACAGACAGCAAAGCUGUCAAGAAAGUGCUGGAGGAAUCUGCAAGGGUGAUAAAGGCAUCCAAAGAGGAGGCCAAGGAGCUGAG